AUGAGUUCGAGCUUGGAAGCUAAGAUUGUGGUGCUUGGCGCACAAGGGGUGGGCAAGACCGCGCUUGUGGAGAGAUAUUGUAAAAACACAUUUAACCCCGCAGCGCCCUCGACUAUCGGCGCGUCGUUCGUCACGAAGCGCGUCCUCGAUUCCACAUCCGAUACUAUCGUCAGGUUGCAGAUAUGGGAUACAGCCGGACAAGAAAGAUUCCGCAGUAUGUCCCGCCUUUAUUACAGAGGCGCUCAAGCAGUUCUUCUGUGCUAUGAUGUCAGUGCAUCCCCACAUUUCCACAUCUCACGUUGUGGUCUUUCCUUCCUCCCCAGUUAUUUGUUUGCUGUGUCGCAUAUCUGCGGUUCAUAUAUCACCGACCAUAACAGCUUCCAAGAAAUGGCCGGCUGGCUUCGCGAACUCCGCAAGAACAUCACUCCCAACGACGACGGCACCGAUUCCCUAAUCAUCCAUGUCGUGGGCACUAAAUCCGAUAUUGUCGCCGACGAUCCUUCCCGCCGCGGCGUCCCCUUCGAACUCACAAUCGCCUACGUCGCCGAACAACUCUACCCAACCCAGGCAUCCACCCCACCUCCCACCGCAACAGCAGGAAUGGGUAGCCUCGGGUUUGGAUCCUCCGUUUUUGGCGGCAGUGGUGGAAGCGCAUCGAAUGCUAGUGCCAGUGCCGCGGCUCUACAAAGCCCGGACUCGAAGCGCAGUUCUGCAUUCUGGGGACAGGAAAUUGGAUGGGACUGUUGUCACGAGAUUAGUGCUCGUGACGGAGAAGGGAUUGAUGAGGUUUUCCGCGUUAUUACGCGUAAGCUAGUGGAACAGCGCAAUCGGCGCGAUACGGAACUUGCCUUGUCCAUUGCUGGGACUACUGCGGCGAAUGGGGUCUCCGGGCCCUUUGGUCCUGGGUUUGUGGAGGGUACGGGUAGUUUCCGACUAGGUCAUGGUGACAAGCGACGGAGUUGGUUGGGACUGACAACACCCGGUGUUAACGUUGAGGGCGCGGACGAGGUGCAGAUUAUGCAUACGGCGCGCAACAAGGGCCGCUGCUGUUAA